AUACAGGGUUUUUCGAGAAAAGGUCCCAUCCUUCAAUAUCAUGAUUGGGUCGACCAGGCCAGAUCAUGAGUGAAUAGAAAAUCGAAAACGUACAUAGCUGUUCCAGCUGAAAUACUUGGAAUAAUUCUACCACUUCUACUAGGAGUAGCCUUUUUAGUGCUAGCUGAACGUAAAGUAAUGGCUUUUGUGCAACGUCGAAAGGGUCCUGAUGUAGUGGGAUCGUUCGGAUUGUUACAACCUCUAGCAGAUGGUUUGAAAUUGAUUCUAAAAGAACCUAUUUCACCAAGUAGUGCUAAUUUGUCCCUUUUUAGAAUGGCUCCAGUGGCUACAUUUAUGUUAAGUCUGGUCGCUCGGGCCGUUGUACCUUUUGAUUAUGGUAUGGUAUUGUCAGAUUCGAACAUAGGGCUACUUUAUUUGUUUGCCAUAUCUUCGUUAGGUGUUUAUGGAAUUAUUACAGCAGGUUGGUCUAGUAAUUAGGGGGCGGCCGUUCGGUCGCCUAUGAUAUUAGGACCAAUAGGUCAAAAAUUGGUGUGUGCCGCAGGUGUUGAACGAUCUACUCUACACAGGUGUGGGCUUACGGGGCUAGGGCUCAUAAAGCCUUUCUUUCAUUCAAAAAUAGGGCCCUGGUCGGGCACUUUUCCGGGCCGGGAUCGAUAGAUAAGUGGAAGUCAUAAAAAAGAGAUAUUUCUCUUCGCACCUAAGAUCAAGAGGAAGGGUAGCUUGUCAAGCUGGCCUAUAUAAAAUAUAUUAUUCAUUAUUAUAGAAUCUUUUAGAAAAAUCUUUUUCUAAAGAUUCACUGUCUUUUAACCGGCUGUUCUUCUUUGUCAACGCUACUAAGGACCUAUGGGUUAGCCUACUAAUAAAGAAAGUGAAGCACUAAGGGAGUUCCGAGUUAAGCGAUAGGAAUUGGUCCACAGUGAGAAACUCAAGCGAAGCAAGAGGGAAGAUGCCCGGCCGAGGGGAAGUCGUAACUGGAGUUGAAUGUAUAAUGUCCCAAAGGAUUGAUUGUUCGUGGGAUGGAUACCCGUUAAACGUUGGGCUAUAGCUAUUCUUUAAAGGACAUAACAACCCACCUAAGGUAAGGGUAAGUAGGGA